AUGGUUGGUACUAGAGGUAAACGUAAUGCCUCACCUUCACUAGAAACAUCUCUUGGCAACAGAGAGGAUGGAGUCUCUCUGGAUUUCACGCAAAUUUCUCCAUCACAACUACCAAAACUCCUUACAGUCAUUCAUACAGAAGAUAAUAUGGAGGAAAAAAUUCAAAAUAAUAAUAAUAAUAAUAAUCAUCAUAUUAAUAAUAGUGCUGGUGAUGUUGAUAAUAAUAAUUAUGAUAGUGAUCCUAUUAUUAAUAUGGUUGGUAGUGUAUUGAAUGAUCGUGUAAUCUCUGAACUUCAACGACUACUUCGUUGUCCUAUUUGUCAUUCAUUAUUAUUGGAAGAUCCUGCGAUAGUGGAUCCAUGUGGACAUGCUUUUUGUUAUAAUUGUAUUAAUAUUGGUCUGGAGAAGGGUUGCUUCCCAGUAGAGAAAAUAAUAAAGAAAGAAAAAGAAAAAGAAACAACAUCCUCUCAUAAUAAUAAUAAUAAUAAUAAUAAUAAUAAUAAUGAAACUAUAGAGAAAAAACAUAGACAACAACAACAACAACGAAAAAAACGUAAAUUACAGUUUACAUGUCCGGUUUGUUUAGGUCCAGCUUAUAAAUGGAGUUUAAUACGUGUGCCAUUCCUUCGUGAAGUGGUAUUAGAGGCUUUACAGUAUACAGCACUUGCGAAUGUCUUGCAGGAGAAGGAAGAGAAUAAUAAUAAUAAUAAUAAUAAUAAUAAUAAUAAUAAUAAUAAUAAUAUUAGUAAUGUUAAUAAGGAUAAUGAUGAUAAGAAGAAAAAUGAAGAAAAGAUAUUAUCCGCAACUGCCGUAAAGGAAAAGAUGAUAUCUAGUUGUAUGAAUACAUCUCAACAUGGAGAAUUAGUAACGUCAUCGCAAUCCACUAAACUCACAACCACUUCUGUAGAGUUUUCAGAGGAAUCUACAUGGAAGAAGAAAGAAGAUAGUGGAAAUGUUAUUCCUCCACUUUCUUCUACUUCUCCCUCUAAAACAAGUAUGUCAGUCUCAGGAAAGACUUCCUCUUUAUUAAAUAGGAUAUCCACACCAGAAAUAAUUUCUCAUACAAUUAGUACUGGAGAGGAUCUAGUGGUGGAUAUACCUUGUACAGAUAUGGAUAGUUUAGAGGAUUGCACGGUAGAGAAUGAGGAUGAUGAUAAUAAGUUCGAGGGAGAUGUUGUGAAAAGCCAACAACAACAACAAAAUAAUAAUAAUAAUAAUAAUAAUAAUAAUAAUAAUAAUAAUAAUAAUAGGAAGAGAAAGAGAGAGAAUGUGGGAUAUUUAUCUGAAUUAGUGUCUGUGAUGGAAACGAUAGAUACAAAAGAAGAAAAAGAAGAAGAAACAUCUCGUCUGGAUUCAUCUAUUCCUAUCUUUGUAUUGGAUCCUUCUAUUCCAUACACUUCUACUACGAGUGAUCUUAUUUCAUCUGCUAUUAGACUUUUUGGUGCCUCUGUAAUUGAUGAGAGAAAUACGAGUGAAAAUAGUUUCGGUUUAACUUCAGUGAAGUUAUUCCAACCAAUAUCUACAUUUACACACUCUAUUAAACCGCAUUCUCUUAUGGAAUCAAUUCUCUCAUCUUCAAACACACUACAUUGGAAAGAACUACAAUAUGAUGUGGGUCCUUUAAUAGGCACUCACUCUCUUGUGGCUAUUUCAUCCUCUCGUGGUUCCUCUAAUUCUCUUAUUCCUAUUACUACUAAUACUAAUACUACUACUACUACUAUUAAUACUAAUACUAAAGAUGAGUAUACUACCGUAAAUGAAGAAAGAUUUGUCUCCACAAUGACACCUUCUAUAGGAAGUGCACUUAUUUCAACUCCUCUCGUGUUAAACUGGGAAUGGCUAAAGGAAUGUGUGGAGACUCAACAAUUACGGUCCACUUCACCUUACAUUAUAAAUGGAUCCUUAUAUGCACGCUGGAAUGAAUCCGAAAGAGAAUAUAAAGGCCAGAAGUACAAAGCUGGAGAAUGGAUGAAAGAUGGAUAUGGAUUUAUUUUAUUACCAGAUGAACUCUUACUUUCUCUGGUAUCGUAUGGAAUGGAUAAAGAAAACCAAAACAUGUCUAUUCCAAUAUUAAAUAAAAAAACAAGAAAAGAAAUGACUUGUGGUGAAUAUUCCUUCUUUGCUUGGAAACGACUAAUUCUUCUUGGCGGUGGUGUUUUACUUCAAUUGGCGGAUGGUUGUCUUGAUGCUCUUGUAGAUUACACUUUAUCAUGUGAAAGAGAAACAGGAGAAUCCCGUUUGGCCUGCGCGACUUCUUCUCACACCGUCUCUCAACAGGAAGAAGAAGAAGAAGAAGAAAAGAUAAGAAGAGAUGUAUGGACUGUCAUUAAAGAUGUGAUUCAUCAGAAUUCAUGUCUUUGGCAAGCAGAGGUUUGUUCAGAUCGUCAAACGAAUAUAAAUAUAAAUAUGAAUAGUAGGAAGAGUCCUAUAUUGAUAGAGCGUGUUAUUCUUUUACAUGGGCCUAUUCCAUCUGCAUUACGUUCUUUAAAGCUACAACAACAUCUCUCACGGUUAACACAGGCUAUUCAAAUACUUCUUACACUUUAUUCAUCUACACUAUUGAGUCAUGAUGGGGAAUAUCAUCCUCCUCCUUCUCUUCCUCCUCCCUCUAAUGGGACUUCAUCCUCUUCCUCUUCAUUAUUGUUAUCACCACCUUCUUCUUCUUCUUCUUCUACCACUGUUAUUUCAGGUGUUGUAGAGUCCCAUGUCUCUCGUGUGCGGUUGUUUAGUCAUAAAAAUGGAAGGAAUAUCUCUAAUCUUGUACAGAUACGAUCUACAACAUCAUUGCUGCGUAAUCUUGCAGAAAAACAGCCGGGCGCUGGUGCUCCGCCGAGAUGGAUUUACAGUAACAGUAAUAAUAAUAAUAAUAAUAGUAGUGAUAGUGGUAAUAAUAGUAGUAAUCUUGAAAAGGAUGGUAUAUUAUCGCGAAAACUCCUUUACGAGGAUAGAUAA